UGUUUGGAACUUUAAUUGUGUCAAUUUUUCUAAAUUGAUUCACACCGGUGAUCGUGAGGAUGAUGAUCCUUACAUUGAAGCAUCACAAGCAAAUAUGGUUUUCUAUGUUGAUGAUGAAACAGAUAAAGAAUGGAGUGUAGCUAUACAUUUACAACCAAGAGAUGUGUUUGACAUGGGACAAGUUGAUAAAGAAGAGAUAUUUGAGAAUGAGCCCUACCAACAACAAGAAUUUGAAAUUUUUUUCGAUGUUGAUUAUGGAAAUGUCCAAAUCUCAACAUAGGAGCAUAUGCCUGAACACACAUAGCAUGCUUUUUAGUUUUGGUGUAAAGGAAAAACUAUUUGUAUAUGCUAAUCACAUCACUCUUUUAUUAAGAUUUGAACUUUUCAUGUGUGUAUGGAUGUGGAUACAAAUUUCUUAUGAAAAUCUGCAGUCUUAUAACUGGAUGAACCAGUAAUCUUUACAAGUAUUGCAAUAACAGUAUUUUUUUAAAGAAUUUCUGAUUUAUCUUAUCUUUGGUUUAUUGUAGAAAUGGCAAAGACCAAGCGCUGGCAGAACUUGCAAAACUCAGUUCAAACAAAACCUACAUUGUCAGUUCAGCCCAACGCACAACCAACCACAUCACAAUCGAUUUCAUCAGUUCAGGCGAAAAAACAGAUGACUUCCUCAGUUCAGGCUACAUCACAGCCGGUUCAGUCAACUCAGGCUGCAUCACAGUCUAUUUCCUCAAAUCAGGCUGUAUCACAUUCGACUUCAUCAAGUCAGGACGAAUCACAACCAAAAUCAUUUAAGAAGCGUGUUGUUGGACGUGAGUCUACGAAGUAUUGGACGGUAGAAGCAAUAGAUUCAGAAGGAAACAAAAAAAAACUCAAAGUGAAAGUCAAAGAAGUGCUAAAUUUAUCUGGAGAAGAUCGUAUUGUUGUCAAUUUUGACUACCUGGAUUUUCCAUUUGGAGAAGCACAACCCCUUCUUUCUGGUUUUUGUGGAAUUUUAGCUGCUGAUUCGUCCUUAUUUCCAAUGCACUUUGACAAAUGGCCAAAUAUGCCUAUGUCAUACUUCGAUGGCGUCUUUGAUCAAAUCAUAGUGGAAAUGUGCAACAGAAAUGCUGAAAGUCGAAAGAAACAAAUCAUUCCACACACAGGUGGAUCCAAAGCUAACUCUAGAAGAAGGGCUGAAAUGAUGGCUGAGACCGGUCAAAUGCCUGGACGAGCAGAACUUUAUCUUGCUACUCAUAAGAAUGUAGAUGGAGCAUAUAUAAAUGAAGCAGCAAAAGUUAUCUGUGUAAGUUAGUUAAUGGGGGAAAUAAUAGCACUCCAGUUCCUUGGUUGUGUCAAGUCUGUCCCUAUUCUAUUAACAAG